UGUGCACACAGCCUCCCAGAGCUCACGGCUCUGGCACCCACAGCUCCAUGGCCAUGCACCUGCUCCUCCUGGGCCUUCUCCUACUGCCCCCACCUGUCCCUGCCCCCUGCUACACUGCUGCUCGCUCAGAGUGCAAAAACAAACACAAGUUCGUGCCUGGCGCAUGGCUGGCUGGGGAGGGUGUGGACGUGACCAACCUCCGUCGCUCUGGCUCCUUCCCAGUGGACACAGAGAAGUUCCUUCGGCCCGACAACACCUGCACCCUCUGUAAAAAUGCCCUGCAGAAGGAUGCUCUGCAGCUCCUGCCCCUGGCAAUCACCCACUGGAGGGCCCAGGGCUCUGGCUGCCAGCGUCACGUGGCCAAAGCCAAGGUCAGCUCCACAGAGGACGCAGCCAGGGAGGCAGCUUCCAAAAUCACUAAUGACUGGCGAGCGGGGCUAGAUGUCAAUCCCAGGCCCGAAAUCAACGUACAAGUGUCUGUGGCUGGCUCCCACUCUGAGAUGGCCAACUUUGCAGCCCAGAAGACCUACCAAGACCAGUACAGCUUUAGCACUGACACGGUGGAGUGUCGCCUGUACAGUUUUCAUCUGGUUCAAAAACCUCUACUGCAUCCCGAGUUCAAGAGGGCACUCAAGAGCCUUCCCCCAUACUUCAACACCUCCACAGAGUCCGCUUACCGCAGGCUCAUCUCCUCCUACGGCACCCACUUUAUUACAGCUGUGGAACUGGGCGGCCGCAUCACGGCGCUUACAGCACUGCGUACCUGCCAACUGGCCCUGGAUGGACUCACGGCUGAUGAAGUGGAGGACUGCCUGACGGUAGAGGCCCAGGUCAGCAUUGUUGGCCAUGCUAGCUCCUCAAGUGAACUCAAGGCCUGUGAAGAGAAGAAGAAACAACACAAGAUGACAACUUCCUUCCACCAGGCCUACCACGAGCGCCACGCUGAAGUGGUUGGCGGCCACCACACCUCAAUGCAUGACCUGAUGUUUGGGAAUCAGGCUGGGCCCGAGCAGUUUUCAGCUUGGGUAGCUUCACUGUCCGGCAGCCCUGGACUGGUGGACUACAGCCUGGAACCACUGCACGUGCUGCUGGAAGACCUGGACCCACGGAAAGAGGCACUGAGGGAGGCUGUCAGCCAGUAUGUGAUGAGCAGGGCACGCUGGCGAGACUGUCGCCGGCCCUGCCAACCAGGCCAGCACAAGAAUACCCACGACCCAUGCCAGUGCAUGUGCCACGAUUCAAGGGUCACCAACAAGGACUGCUGUCCACGCCAGAGGGGCCUGGCCCACCUGGAAGUGACCAUCGUCCAGGCAUGGGGUCUGUGGGGAGACUGGAUCACAGCUACAGAUGCCUAUGUGAAGGUCUUCUUUGGUGGCCAGGAGUUGAGAACCAGCACAGUGUGGAACAAUAACAGCCCCAAGUGGGCAGCCAGGCUGGACUUUGGGGAAGUGCUCCUGGCUUCGGGGGGACCACUGAGGGUGCAGGUCUGGGAUGCAGACUACGGCUGGGAUGAUGACCUGCUGGGUUCUUGUGACAGGUCUCCAAAGUCUGGCUCCCAUGAGGAGACCUGCCACUUUAACCAUGGCCAUCUAAAAUUCCUCUAUCAUGCCAGGUGUUUAACCCACCUGACUGGCGGGACCUGCCUGGAGUAUGCCCCCCAAGGGCUUCUGGGAGAGCCUCCAGGAAACCGCAGCGGGGCUGUGUGGUAAGAGCAGUGGGCACUUGAGUCCUGGGGAGCCACAAUCCUCACAAAGUCCCAUUUUAUACAGUAGAGACUGAAGCUUGGACUUCCUACUGAGGUGGCUGAGUUGAUGUAAUAGAACAUCCCUGUGCCUGAAAGUUACUGCUGCAUAGGGGAGACCUUGGCCAGGCACACAGCAGAAGACUGGGAAGCUGUCCCCACCCUGCUUUAAGACCCUCCCUCUCUAGCAUAGCAUGUUUGUCUAUUCGAACCAAUCCCAUGCCCCCAUGCUGCUCCUGACAAAUCAAGGCCUAUGUUACCAUGCACACAGCUUGACAGAGGGCCAAUGAAUGGGAUGUGGUGUUGAGCAUGACGGUGUAUGGUGGCAAAUGAGAGGAUGAGGACAAAAUAUGCCCCCUAGAGAUGGACUUCUAUGUCCAGCAACCAAGUUUUAUAAAAUGAAUAGUCAGGUUAUGUAUACAAGCUGUUUUGUCCACUUUUGCUGGUAACACGGGGCCCCGAAUAUCUUAUACUCUUCCAAAAUACUCUCUGACUCAAGAAACAGCAGC